GUUCUGAUAUCGGCUCUAUGAGUGAUGGAUCACCAAACCGGAGAGAGCUCCUGGCUGAUGAUGAUGAUGAUGCUAACAGCGAAUUUGGACAACAGUCGCGAAAACGAACGCGGAGUAGAAGUGGACAUUCUCCUAAUGCAAAGCAACGACGACUUGAAUUGCUCUAUCAAAGGGAGGCGAUGAAGGGCGUAUACUACGAUGGACACUAUAGGACUACUCCAGCUUCCAUAGUUUUAUAUCGCAUCGCUGCCGCUCAGCAGCAUGGGGGCUUGUCGGGGUUAUGGGCAGCUUGUGUGGCACUAGCGGGACACCUUGGCCUUCGUGACGAAAGGGCGGAGCUCACUGAGUUCACGUCCAUGGACUCAAUCAACAAAUUUUACAUAGGUCCCCGGUUCGAUCCCCGGUUCGCUCAAGAAUUCGACAGUGCCGAAGAAAACUUACCACCACAACAACAACAACAUGCAAGCCCAGCGAAUGAUGGUGAAGAUCCUCCUAAUUCGCAGCCUCUCGCGAAAGGGGGAGAUGGGAAUAUAAGCCUUGAGUACGGUGAGAGGGGGACAGCUGAAUAG